GGCACAGACACAAAAGGCUUACCUUCGGUACGUCCGAAAGUUACUGCUCUAGGCACGUUUUGUCCAAAUUCAUUUAGUUAGAUACCUGACUUACUUUCGAUCAACUCUAUUAGCUAACUGAACUCACCAUGGCAGAAAAAAUAUAUAUUGAAGAUGAAAUGAAAGCUGCAAACGGCGACACGCAUCUUGACGACGACGGGCAAACGAUGGCCAACGGACUGAAUGACCACAAAAAGAACAGUGUACCGGAACCCCUGUCUCAGAAAUUGAAAAGAAUCGCAAUGGCCAAUUUGCUGGUGAUCCUAACUGUGGCAGGGGUAAUAAUCGGCGUGCUCAUCGGACUUGGGGUACGAAACGCAGAACUGAACAAAACGCAAAUUAUAUACUUUGGCUUCCCGGGCGAGCUCCUGAUCCGUCUCCUUAAAAUGAUCAUCAUUCCCUUGGUUGUGUGCAGUCUUGUCUCCGGAGCGGCCAGCAUCGACCCCAAAGCCCUGGGCAAACUGGGUGGCUGGGCGAUGUUGUUCUUCUUAGUUACAACUUUAAUUGCAUCAGCCAUCGGCGUUAUUCUUGCGUUUAUCAUCAGACCCGGCACACUGACCGGCUCAAAACCAAUACUCUCAGCAGCAGACGGUGGCGUCCCAGAGGCCAAAGAGGUGGUGGACUCCUUUUUGGACUUGAUAAGGAACAUUUUCCCUUCCAACCUGGUGGCGGCUGCAUUCCAGUCGUACGCCACCAGCUAUGACAUCACGCAAACAAAGAAAAAUGUGACAGACGCCGUGGGCUUGACUACAGCUGUCAUUGUGGAGAAGGUACCGGUGGGCAAUGACGUGCCGGGAAUGAACAUCCUGGGCCUGGUGGUGUUCGCCAUCGUGUUUGGCGUGGCGCUGCGAAAGCUGGGCGAGGAGGGCGAGAUCCUCAUCAAGUUCUUCAACUCCUUCAACGAGGCCACCAUGGUGCUGGUCUCCUGGAUCAUGUGGUACGCCCCCUUGGGUAUCAUGUUUCUGGUGGCAGCUAAGAUCGUUGAGAUGGAGGAUGUGGGCACGCUGUUUGCCAGCUUGGGGAAGUACAUCGCCUGCUGUGUAGUUGGCCACGUGGUGCACGGCCUGCUGGUCCUGCCGCUCAUCUACUUCAUCUUCACACGCAAGAACCCCUACACCUUCCUGCUGGGGCUGGUCACUGCUCUGGCCACUGCCUUUGGAACCUCCUCCAGCUCGGCCACGCUCCCGCUGAUGAUGAAGUGCGUGGAGGAGAAGAACGGCGUGUCCAAGCACAUCAGCCGCUUCAUCCUGCCCAUCGGGGCCACCGUCAACAUGGACGGCGCGGCGCUCUUCCAGUGCGUGGCCGCCGUCUUUAUCGCCCAGCUCAACGACGUCCCGCUCAACUUCAUCCAGGUCAUCACCAUCCUAGUUACCGCCACAGCGUCCAGUGUAGGAGCAGCAGGAAUUCCUGCAGGGGGAGUGCUUACCCUGGCCAUUAUCCUGGAGGCCGUGGGGCUGCCUACCAAUGACAUCUCUCUCAUCCUCGCUGUUGAUUGGCUAGUCGACCGCACCUGCACAGUCAUCAACGUGGAGGGCGACGCCUUCGGGGCAGGCCUGCUGCAGCACUUUGUGGACCGCACCGCCCGCCCUGAUGGAGGGGCGGAGCUCAGCGAGGUCAAGAUGGAGGACGCUGCCCCCUCCAAGUCGGAAGGCUCGCCCCUCAUGGCCAAGAGCAGGGCGGAACUGGAGGAGGGCGCGGCCGUGGCGGCGGCCAAGUCCAGCGAGGAGUCUGUCAUGUAGGGGAAAGGGCCCUGCAUCAACAGCUCCAAUCGAUCUGCCUCUCUUUGCUCUACGUGCAGACAUGGCAUGUUGGGAGAGGGACUCACAAGGCCUCUCAAAGAUAAAACCUCUUCCGAUUUCAUGACCAAAUUCAGAGUGCAGACUGAGAGACAGAAGAAGAAAGGGGGA